UAUACUAAAAGACGAGUAGGACUUACCCCUCCAGUAUGCCCAACAUAGAUAUCAACGAGACCAAAGAAGAUCCCUUCCGGAGCACCUGCUUGGUCCCUUACAUCGACCUCGAGUCGGCCCCUUCCGUUAUCAAUGAAAAGCUGAAAGUACUCCCUUUCCGGCGCAACAUCCUCCUGACACUAGCACACUCCCACGGCCUUUUCCCACACUUCAGCGGUCUUCUUGGUGCUUGCUUCGACGGGAAACAACGCAAGAUUCCGGUAUUCGAUUGGCAGUUGAUCGUACUGAGGAUCGGCACUGUUCUCAAGGCUCAGUACGAGUACGAUGUCAAUCUACCUGUGGCCGAGGUGUUUGGUUUUCCUCAGGAAAAGAUCGAUGCGAUUGGAUGCUCCAUUCAAGAUGUUUUGGAAGGAAAAGGCCCAUGGACUGAUCGAGAUCGGGUGAUUCUUCGCGUCAUAGAGGAACAGCUGGCAACUUAUGAUAAUAAUCCCGACACGGUCAAAGAUGCUCUGAAUCUGCUCACGGUCGAGGAUUUGGUGGAGGCGUUGAUGAUAAUCGGCAUCUAUGCGCUGCUGGCCCGGGUGAUUAAUGGUCUGAAGGUGGACAUCGACAAGCCGACCCCGGAUUUGAAGGAGAAGAUUAAAACUGCAAUCACAGGCUAGAUAGGCAUUCCAAGGUAUUUGCCAUGUAAGGGGAGAAAUAUGUAAUUA